UGACCUAUAUAUUCGGCUUGAACAUAUUAUCUGCACCCCUGCAACACGUUAGAAAUGGCGGUUGACAACAUGAUAUUAGAAGCUUUUAGAGACUACAAAGAUAUAUUUGCAAUUUUUGGUGCUGUUUCUGCAUCGUUUUUUGCUUUGAAGCUCACUCUUUCAAUUCUUCACGGUUUUAAAGUAUAUGCCCUCGGAAGAAUGGGCCUUGCCACAAAAGUAAAGGCAACCGGUAAAUGGGCAGUUGUUACUGGAGCCACUGAUGGUAUUGGCAAGGCUUAUGCACUACAGCUGGCUAAACAAGGCCUCAAUAUAGUUCUUAUCAGCCGUUCUCCUCAAAAGUUGACAGAUGUUGCCUUGGAGAUUGAGUCAAAACUGGCAGUAAAAACUCGCUCCAUUCCUAUUGACUUUGGUGGGGGUCCAGAGAUAUACACUAAGAUCAAGCAGGAGUUAGCAGGCCUUGAAAUCGGUGUCUUAGUAAACAAUGUGGGCAUCAGUUACCAAUUUCCAGAGUAUUUUACAGAGUUGGAGAAUUUAGAUGAGAUGUGCCAAAAGAUGAUUAGCAUUAAUAUCACAUCUGUUGUUAUGAUGUCAAGGAUAAUAUUACCAGAGAUGAUUGAGCGCAGGAAGGGAGUGAUUAUAAAUGUUGCAUCCGCCUCUGGCAUUUCACCUGUGCCUUUCCUUGGACUCUACUCUGCUACUAAAGCAUUUGUCGACUUCUUUUCAAGGUCUCUGCAAGGAGAGUAUGGUUCUAAGGGAAUUAUAAUACAGUCAGUGAUGCCCUUCUUUGUGUCAACAAAAAUGAGCAGAUUGAGGCCCUCCUUUUCAGUACCUACUCCAAAUGACUAUGCCAAGAGUGCCCUCUGUACUUUGGGUUUGGAAGAUAGGACAUUUGGAUGUAUUUCCCAUGCCCUGCAGGGAUGGGUUAUUAAACAUUUACCAGAAUGGCUUGUAACAAUGGUUAGCAACAAGAUCCAUAAGAGUGUGAGAGCAAAAGCUCUGAAAAGAAAGGCACAGAAGAAGCAGUGAAGAAUGUUGUCAUUUGUUUACAAUUGUCAAUAUGAAAUGCAGGACAAUACUAAAUAAAAUUCCAAUAUUAUGAUCUUACUUCGCUGAUUUAGGGGUAGUGCAUGUAGUUUUAAUUUGGCCUACUGGAAAGCAAGAUUUUUUUAUGGAUUCCAAAUCUUUUCCAAUGAUUUGUUUAUGAUGAAAUGACAUUUGAAUUAUUACCUGUCAGGGAUUAGUUAUACAUAAUGUGUCCUAUAUUAGUCAGUAACUGUUGUUGCUAAAAUAAAGUACUGUGACAUUUUUUCUACUUAACAGUCACAGGCUUCUUAGAACAACCUUGUAAAAUAAUUGAAGUAUGCUAAUAUCCAAAGACGGUCAUUGUUUUUGUUUUUUCAUUUAUUAUUUUGUAAUAGUGGUUGCUGUGAUAUUAUAGAACACAUUUGUUUUUGAUGAAUCAACAAAGGAAAAACUUUGGUAGAGACACGUAACAGAUUUUUUGUUACCAUCUUAAGUUACUAGCAAAGAAACGUAGUUCAUUUAUCAAAAUUUUGAUGAUGAAUUUCACUGACAGACAGAAAAAGGUCAACAGAUCUUGUAUCAUCUUUUAGAAAGAGAAGCUCAAAACAUUAAUAUAAACUUUUUUUACAAUUGUAUUACUGAUAAUCAGAAAAUUAAGUA